GUGCUGGGAUUACAGGUGUGAGGCCACCACGCCCGGCCUUGUUAAUGUAAUUUUUCAAGGUUAUAUAAAGUAAUUCAUUCAUUACAGGAAAAUCAGAUACUAUCAAUAUAUGGAAAGAUGAAAAUAAAAGGUCCUGGUGAUCCCAUCACCUUGGAACAACACAAUUAACAUGCUGAUGUGUAUCUUUUCAGACUUUUUUCUAUGCAGUUCUACAAACACAAACACAUACAUAUGAAACGUUCCCAAAAGUCUCUGCCCUAGACUUUGUGAUUUUGGUUUUUUCCUUCUUCUCUAAACCCCUUUUCCUGACAUAGCUCCUUGCCUUCCUUUUAUGUCCUAAAUCUAUUCCUUCCCCAAUAUUUAGGUCCUAUUUCAAAACGAUUUUCCCCCCUUUGCCCUCCAAAGGAUUCGUCUGUUCUUACAACUUUGAACUCUAUGUGGAUGUUGUCUAUCGGAUCUUCAGUCCUCCCUUUUCUCUGGGACACUAGUGCUACUCAAGCUCUACACAUCUAACGCCCAAUGCAUCAUGUUGCCUCCAUCAAAACCAGAUGAUGCACUGAUCCUAUUUCCAUUAACUACCACAGAAUUCUACAAGGUAUCCUCAAUAGCCAUCUUUGCUUCCCCAACCGCACCACAUCCAACUAGUGAAAGCCUUUUACAUCGCUCCUUCCUAUUCUCUCUCACUCAUCAAUUCCCAUGGUUGCCAUCAGUGUUUAGGCCCUUGCACAUAUACUAUUUUCUGCCUCUGUCUCCUUUUCUGUAUAACAAAAACCCAUCAAUGCUACCCACUGCUUCAAGUUAACUUCCUAAAAUCCCACUUGUUUCUUGCCCUUCCUAAAUUCAAAAAUUUGUGGUUGCUUCCUUCUCUUACAAAAUGGGAUUCCAGCCUCUUUGUAAUCUCACCUCAAACUACUUUUCCACCCUAUUUCUCAUUAUUCCUGAAAAGAAACCCUUUGCUCCAGUCAGGUUGGUGUACUCAUUAUUCACCCACCUCCAAAACAUCUGACUGUCAGUUAAGUACUUAUUAACCGUUUAUUAUGGGUAAAACCCAUUCAAUCAUUCAACAAAUAUUUACUGAGCAGCUAUUCCAUCAGGUAAUGUAAUAAUACUGCAGACACAGUGGUGAACAAGACAGAUCAAGUCGCUGUCCUCCUGGAACUGAGGCAAAAGGGUGAUGGGGGAGACUCUUAAGACAUGGUGGUCCCAGCCCAGGAUACUCGCAAUCUUCCAUUGAAAUGUCAAAUGAAUCAAGACAUCCUGAGGGCUGAACUUGGCCGUCCAGGAUGCAAAUGGGGAAAGACUUCAGAAGGAAGGGCUGGCUGGAGUGAGAGCUGGAUUGUGGACAUGGCUUCUCUGAUGUGGGACUCAACCCGGGCACUCAAGGAUGAGCACAGGAGAGAAGCAGGUGCCUUCCUUCCAGGGGUGUAUGAGGAAAGGCAAAAAGGUGGAAUGGAAACAACAGCAAUAGUGUCAGCUUAUUUUGCAUAAGGGUUCACUCAACACCUAUUCAGAGCACAUCCUCCGCCCUUGCAGGGCCCCAGGCUCCGUGGUGGAUGUGAAGGUAAGACAGACUCAGAUCCUACUGUCAGGGGAUUUCCAUCUAGCAAGGAGAGAAGGCAGGUUCAUGAUGGUCUAUCACACACAGACAGUGAGACGUUCCAUAGAGAGCAGAGAGAACACGGAGGAAGUCUGGAAGGUGCACGUUUGGGUUUGUAUUAACAGUACGUACAGCAUCACAUUUUUAUGCAUCUGCACCCACACGUGCAUGUAUUGAAAAUAACUGUGUUUCAAAGUGCUUUCUCACUCACUUCCUCGUUUUGUACUAAGUGACUUGGGAAUCAGGCAGAGUAGGUAAGAUGAUGUUUUCCAGAGGGGGCAAAGUGUGGCACAGAUCUUGUAACUGAUCUGCUUGGGUAGGGAACAUAAACAGGCGCGAGUAGAACAAGAACACCCUGUCCGUCGCCGCCCACUCCUGCAGCAGAGCAAGUAUCUAGAACUGAGGACGCACACUAAGUUCUGUAAUCGCAUGACACCUGGCAGGUACAAUGAAGCCAGGAAGGCACUUCGGAUUGAAAAGGGCAGGACGUAGACAGCAUUCUGGAGAGGGAACGUGAGCCAAGGCCAUUCCCCCAUUUCCGUUUUACCUCCCCAAGUCCUGCCUGAAUCAUCCCCCACCCUUAGGUCUGCCCAAACCGCAACCAUCCCUUAGAGUUCGCCCCAAAUAUUUUCAACCCACACUGGUUUUUUUCAUUCCAUUGAUUUCACCCCUACUAAUAUCCCAGGGAAGGGCGAGUGGCCGUUUCUCUCCUGGACAUCAUAGCAGGAUCGGCCAGCACACGGCUCGGCUCAGAGCAGGUAGUUAAUAAACAUGAGCCGAAUGAAAGAAUUCCUGAGAUCGCCACAGCUCAGUAAGGAUGCCCUGAGCCCCUACAUCCCUCCCCCAACAGAGUAGGCCUGCCUGGCACGGGCGGCCUUAGCAACCCGGAGGAGCUCACUAACCGCGGAAAGCACAGGGGCACGUAGGGAGAGCGGGGUGGCCCAAGACGCUGGGCCACUGGGAGCCCAGCGCGCGACCCCAGCUGGAAGUCGGAGCUAAGGUUGCAGCGCUCCGGCAAAACGCGCUAGACGAGGUCGUUAAAAGAUUUCCCCCUCUGGAAAAUCGCCAGGGAAAAGUGGUGAAAAAGGAAGCCGGGAGGGCCCUAGUCUCGGGAGUCUAUGAGGAGCCCAACCCACGGACCUAAUCCCGCAGGGAGAAGAGCGAGGUAAGCUACCGCAGAAGCCAAGCCAUUCCAGCUCCAAGGAAAGGGAGCGGUUUUUGCCGCAGGAAGAACCUAGGUCUGGAAGCCUCGCGAGAUCUGGGGGUCGGGAUCACGUUGCGUUGCCUAGCGACAGCAAGGACGCUCGUGGGACCCCCGGCUAAACCCCGCUGUAGCCUUAAAUCUCCUACCAUGGGGGAAGAAGGCGGCGGCGGCAGCUGUGGGACCACUAGGGAGCUGCAGAAGCUGAAGCAGCAGGCGAUGGAGUACUACCGGGAGAACGACGUUCCGCGCAGGCUGGAAGAGCUGCUCAACUCCACCUUCUACCUCCAGCCUGCCGACGUCUACGGGCACCUGGCAAACUGCUUUUCUAAACUUGCAAAGCCUCCCACCAUAUGCAAAAUAGUGGGGAAAGACGUACUGGAUGGACUAGGGCUUCCAACCUUGCAAGUGGACAUAUUCUGCACCAUUCAAAACUUUCCUAAGAACAUAUGUUCUGUGGUAAUCUCGACUCACUUUGAAGUCCAUGAGAACGCUCUGCCCGAGCUGGCUGAGGCGGAGGAGGCAGAGAGGGCCAGCGCGGUCAGCACCGCCGUGCAGUGGGUCAACAGCACCAUUACGCACGAGCUCCAGGGGAUGGCACCCUCUGAUCAGGCAGAGGUGGAUCACCUCCUCAGGAUAUUCUUUGCAAGUAAACUACAAGAAGAUAAGGAGAGAAAAGAAUUGGAAAACAGCCUGGAAUGCUCAGCAGUGCCUACACUUGUACCUCCAGUACCACCGCCACCACCCCCUCCACCUCCUACCAAAAAAAAGGGGCAAAAGCCAGGGAGGAAGGAUACUAUUACAGAGAAACCUAUUGCACCUGCAGAGCCUGUUGAGCCUGUACUCAGUGGCAGUAUGGCCAUAGGGGCCGUGUCCCUAGCUGUUGCCAAAGCCUGUGCCAUGCUGCUUAAUAAACCUCUGUACUUAAAUAUCGCUCUACUGAAGCACAAUCAGGAACAGCCAAUGCUAUUUAUGCCUUUGCUGAUGGUAUCGCUGAUCAGCUGUGGGAAGUCAUCGUCUGGGAAGCUAAAUUUAAUGAAAGAAGUGAUUUGUAUACCCCAUCCUGAAUUAACAACCAAACAAGGGGUCGAGAUGCUUAUGGAAAUUCAGAAACAUAUCAACAAAAUAAUUGAAAUGCCCUCUCCUCCAAAAGCAGAGACAAAAAAAGGGCAUGAUGGAAGCAAAAGAGGUCAACAGCAGAUCACUGGCAAGAUGUCCCAUCUUGGUUGUUUAACCAUUAACUGUGACACCAUAGAACAGCCACUGCUUCUAAUACAGGAAAUCUGUGCAAACCUGAGGCUAGAACUGGGAACAAAUCUGCAUCUAGCUAUCAACUGUGCUGGACAUGAGCUGAUGGACUACCCUCCUCAGCCAUGUGGAACUAGUAAAGGAAAGUAUGAAGUGAUCAUGGGCACAUACAAAAAUGCAGCGGAGAUGGUUGACCUGUAUGUGGAUCUGAUCAACAAGUACCCUUCAAUUAUUGCCUUAAUUGAUCCUUUCAGGAAGGAGGACUCUGAACAGUGGGACAGCAUCUAUCACGCACUUGGUUCCAGGUGUUACAUAAUUGCAGGAACUGCGUCCAAAAGCGUUUCUAAACUUCUAGAGCAAGGAAACAUCAGCAUCCCCAAAUCCAAUGGGCUGAUCAUAAAACACACAAACCAAACUACAAUGUCUGACUUGGUGGAAAUAACCAAUCUGAUUGACAGUAAGAAGCACAUCACAGUCUUUGGAAGUACAGAAGGAGAAUCAUCUGAUGACAGCCUUGUCGAUUUGGCUGUUGGGCUUGGUGUCCGGUUUAUCAAGUUGGGGGGUCUUUCCCGUGGUGAACGAGUGACUAAAUACAACCGCCUUCUCACUAUAGAGGAAGAACUUGUCCAGAAUGGAACACUGGGCCUUAGCUUCCCUGAAUGACUGAUGCCAGUUCCAGCCAGACGUUACCACAAGGUAAACAGCUGCUGCAGGGCACCCAAAAGGACUCCGGUGACCACAGGCUCCACCCCUCUCUGGUGACAGUGCAGCCCCCUCAGCAUUCCACAAUGGAUUAACAGAUGGAGGAGAAUUUCUCUGACACCGGCCUUGGUGAAUCAUUAUUAAAGGGACCCAAAACUGGAAAAAUCAAUCUCCCCACUCCCACUUUCGAGUAGGAAAUCUUGGCAAAAGCUCAGCCAUUACAAUGUUGUCAAUACUUACAUGGAAGGAUCUGACUGGAGCGGUCCUCGCCUGCCAUCAUUUCCCUGGGAGCAGUCAGCUGAAAGUGGCUUGUAUCGUGCAUAAUACUGGCCUUUCCCCCAGUUCAUCAUCUUCCUCUUAACCCUUUCUGCUAAGCCUCUGCCCAGAGUCCGUGAUGCAUCAUCAAAUGUUCCAGAAUGAAUGUGAGUGCAAAUAAAAUCGAACAGAACAUCUGUAUGGCACAAUUAACAUAUAACCAAAUACAGGCCCAGUUGUAAAUGGUUCUGGUAUCCUUUCCGAUGGUGAUGUGACACCUUUGGACUAGCACUGAAGAUGAUCUCCUUCAACUCAUGUAAUAUAUAAAAGCUGGCACCACUGGAUUAGACCGUAAACUUUAUUGUUACUUUUUUUUUUAAAUAGGUUUCAAUGAAGAACGCACUUUUUUUUACUUUAAUGAGGAAGCUGAAAAGGCUGCAGAGGCACUUGAGGCUGCUGCGGCUAGGGAGCCGCUGGCACCCACCUUCCCCACACAAGGUGUAGAGGAAUCAGCCGAAACAGGAGCAUCCUCUGGAUAGGGCUGUACACACCCCAGGUUCCAGCCACACCGUCAGUAUUAGUAGACCGGGACGUCUGAUGUAUGGCGCCGUGUCUCCACAUCGAGUUUCCUCUUCAACUUCACCAACUCCUGUGGUUUUUAUUCUUCUAAUUCCACUGUUUGGUAAAUUACAUAUAUGGUGUUCUUGCUUGAAAUUCUAUCUGUGAACUUUGUUUUGCAGCCACCACACUUCCAUGCAGAUUUUGUCUUUUAGCUCUCCUGUCCGUUUUUCAGGGGGCACGCUCCAGUAAAAGAAGCCAAGAUUUUUGUUGUCAACUCCACACUCAAUCAAACACCCCAUCCUUUACCAAUCAGAACAUCUCUGAGAACAAAAACCUAAUGACCCUAGAAGCUCUCUGUGCUGGGAACAGAUGUCCAUCUUCUGUGUUUACUCUACAUGUCUGUGCUGAAAAGCACCGACACAUUUUUGUAGCCAACCUCACGCAGAAGUGCGAGAGCGUCACUAGUUUUUGUAACAGCCAAACAGUUUCAUCUCACUUUCCUACCCUUAAUUCCCUUUUCCCUAAUUCCCUCUUCUUUUUAAAUUUUAGUUUUUCUUGUAUUAUUUUUAUCUUUGUGAGUCUUCUUGGAUCCUUUUUGGAGUAAGAAUGAGUAUAAAUGAAUAAGCACAUCAGUAAAUGAAUAAAUAUUCUCAAGGUUAUUAAAUGCCCAGUUAUUUAUACUACAGCAUUUAAAAAGCAAUCCGCAAGUGAUAAAAAAAAUUAAAAAAUGAUGUGACAUA